AUGAAUCCGGAUAGCAACAAUUCCGCAGUGGACGCCCCUACAUCGCCCCCUCCAAGAGCCAGUUGUGAAGAUACCAUGAAUGUAAAUCUCUCUUCUGCUUCUUUAUAUUCCACAAAGAACCUUUCUUUAGAUCCAAACAGUCAAAGAUUUGAAGCGCAUGAUGAAUCUAAGAGAAACCCGCACGGCUUUCCCCACAAAAAUAAUGACAGUGAAAUACCCUGGAAGCAGGUCAAUGUGAAGCAUGAAGAUAUCUGUCCUGCGGUGACCAGGAAAAAACACCCAAAGCUUUCUUAUCUGGAGUCAAGCAAAGAAGAAUGGCAAAAACCAGAGGUGAUGUCCGUUGAACAAAAUUUCAGCAUUGAAACUAACUGUAACAAUAAUGGCUCAAAUAGUUCGACAAUGAUAAUUAAACAAGGACAUGAUCUUAUACCACCUCUUCAAUCAGUGUCAAUAAAAAAAUCUCACAGUAAUCCUUCAUUCGGUAAUUCUGAUAUGUAUCAAGCCAGUUCUUCAGUUCUUGAUUCUACCGUAACAGAGGUUCCAAAUCGGCCAUUCACAAGUGCAGACUAUAUCAAAUCUAGCACGGAAAAGAGUUCUCUCUACCAGCAAAACAAUAACGCACUUCAUACCUCUUGGACGAAUGAUGGCAAACUACAGGAAACCAAUUCCAAGAAGCUAGAAUCGCUUUCUAUUCAAAUCCAAGAGGAGCCCAACCAACACCUGAGUCAAACGUCAACAGGAAAUCAAGAAGCUGCUGUUAGCAUGAAUCCAAAUUUGGAGGUGCCCAACCACGAGGAUUCAUGCUUGAAUUUAUUACUCUCCGAGGACCACGAUCAUAACAUCUCUCAUCAUGUGGAGGCAGCAGGGGAGACUCUCACUGAAUUAGUCCCAAGUUCUCAUCCUAUACGAAACUCCUUACUCCCGAUACCAACUCUCCCUUCCCAAAACUACAACUAUUUUGCCCCAUCUCAACACUUAGGCCCCAAACAAGAUUAUCUCAACCUUGGACCGCCCAAAACUGGUCAUGAUUUACAGCCGUGGAUGACGAUGGGUCUCCAAACGCCUCAACAACCAAAUGUCUCUUCUUACCUUUGUCCUGGACCACAGAUGUCCUAUGGCAGCUCCCUACCACCUUACCCCCAGCAGCCAAUGCCUCACACAUCUGCAAUGUGCUGGAAUCAGAAUUUAUCGGUCUAUGAAGGUGGUAUGAUACCUGGGCCGAUGGCCUCAUUCUCAGACGGAAGCUUAAUGCCCGGUCAUCUGAUGAAGAAUCAGUCUCAGGGUUGUUACUUCGUCCAUUCGAUGCUCCCAUCUCCUUCGGCGCCAUUUUCAUUCCUCCCCAACCCAAAUGCAUCGCAGAUGGGGCCCGCUCUGCAGAACAUAUCGAUGAAGACCCCUUCCAAGGCAACCAUGAUAAGAAUGCCGAUGAUUCGCCUUCCAGAAAUAUCGCCCGCGAGAAAAACUUCAUCUCGGCCGGAAAACCAGCUUUUUCAAAAAGCCCUCAGCAGAAUGGCAUGA